AUGUCGUUAGCUGGCAAGGCAAUUACUGGCUCUUCAGCGAAGACAUUACUGCUUCUGCCCUUGACCUACACUGUGGUGAGUGACAUGCAACAGCAAAUCAAAGAUGUUUUGGGAAAACACAAAGAAAAGAAAAAUAUGAAGACAACAAAUGGAAAGCAAGGAUACGAGGAAGCUCAGAGACAAACCACCGCAGGUGAUUGGGAAGUGAGUUCUACUGUUCCACCAACUUAUAUCACAGCACCUAAUCCCACAGUUUCAGUAACCUUCUACAGCAUCCAAAUGAACUUUUCAGUGUUCUAUAAACCUCUGGAGAAAUUUGAUUACUAUGAUGUUAAGAAACAUUCUACAGCCUGGUUUCAGAAGAUGUUCUCUAAUUCUGAAUUUGUCAUUACAAACCAUAACAUCAAGUCUAACAUGCAGUAUUCCUCUAAAACCAUUGUCAAAACUACAUCCAACCAAACGGCAAAAGAACAAGAGGAAAAGCUCCAUGUCCUUUUGAGCCACACUUAUAGGGAAGAGGAACUGUCUUUGGAACCUGAUCAUCCCACUGUGGCUGCCAUUGCUCCAGGCACAUGCUCUGAAACCGUAACUGAAUCAAAAAACAAAGGGAACUUCAAGUGGCUGGGGAGGAUUCCUGCUGAUGUGGCACAUGCAAACUGUCAGAGAAACACACAGCAGUCUGCCAGUAGGGCAUGUGUAAUUAAUAUUGUAACGGGAAAAGCUGAUUGGAGAAGACCAAAUCUGACUGAAUGCCAACUUCUCUAUGACCUGCCAAAUAAUAUCAUGGCACUUAAAAAUGUGACCAUCUCAGAGGAGAAUGCUGAGGAGGUUGCAGACCAGAUUUUGAAUCUGCUGAAUUCUUCUAAACUGAGUCAAGAAGAAAUUAAAGUUCUUGUGGAUAAACUCUCUGAUAUUGCAAACUGUGAAGAGAUCAGCUGGACACUGGCAGAGAAAUCAUUAAACAUCAUCAGCAGCUUAAUGGCCAAGACAGAUAAUGGAAAAGAUCUGCGAACCAUGGCCAGCAGCAUCUUAAGGAUAAUGGAAAAAAUAGGUUUCAAGAUGAACUUCAGUGGAAGAAAUGUGUCCGUCGUGAUGCCCAGGCUGGCUUUGGCUUUGAUGCGUCCAGAUCCCAUCAGUUUCCAAGGAGUUGCUUUUGGGGUUACUUCCUAUGUGUUACCCACGGAUCCAGAGAUCAAUAUACGUGAAACUCCCUUCCAGACAGCCCUGGCUGCAGUAUUUUUGCCAGCAUCACUGAGAGAUUACUUAAGAGCCCAGUCCUUUGAUCCACAAGAUCACACAGAAAUCCAGUUCAGUUUCUUCGGCAGUACUGGACUAUUUAAGGAUAGCUGCCCUGAGGAAAAAAGGCUGAACACCUACAUCGUGGGUGCCAGCAUUCAAAAUGUUUCUGUCCAAAACCUUACGAAUCCUGUGAAUAUUAUUUUGCAACAUAUAGAGGAUAACAUGAAUAACACUCCUGUAAGCUGUGUCUUUUGGGACUUUCUCAAGAACAAUGGGAACGGUGGCUGGAAUACAGCAGGGUGUAAAAUGAAUCAUACGACUAUCAAUUACACAAUCUGCAACUGUAACCACCUGACCCAUUUUGGAGUUCUUCUGGAUUUAUCCCGGAGUCCAGUCAAUGCUGCAGAUGAUUCGAGUUUGACACUGGUCUCCAAUGUGGGUUGUGGCAUUUCUUCCAUUUUCCUGGGAUUGGCGGUAGUGCUGUAUCUUUCUAUUGACAAGCUGCGUAUGGACUACCCUUCCAAAAUCCUCAUCAACCUCUGCUUGGCACUGCUUUUGCUCAAUCUCCUGUUCCUGGUGAAUUCAUGGCUGGCUUCAUUCCACAAUCGUGACCUCUGUAUCGCAGUUGGUGCUUUUCUCCAUUACUUCCUGCUGGCAGCCUUCACCUGGAUGGGCCUGGAAGCCAUCCACAUGUAUUAUGCACUCAUCAAGGUCUUCAAUACUUAUGUUCCCAACUACAUACUUAAAUUUUGCAUUGCUGGCUGGGGAAUACCAGCAGUUAUUGUCACGAUUGUCCUCUUUGUAAGUACAGACUCUUAUGGAAGCAAAAACAACAGCAGCUCACUCACACCUUUCUGCUGGAUUCAGAAUAACACAGUCUUCUACAUUUCCGUGGUGGCUUAUUUCUGCCUGGUGUUCCUGAUGGAUCUUGCCAUGUUCAUCACCAUCCUUCUUCAGAUACGUGCCAUGAAGAAUCAAGGGCGGGCUGACAGUUGGAGCCACGGCUUUCUUCAUGACAUGAAGCGUGUGGCCAGUUUGACUUUCUUACUUGGCUUAACAUGGGGCUUUGCUUUUUUUGCAUGGGGAUCAGUUAGGAUUUUUUUCUUGUACCUUUUUGCCAUCUGCAACAGUCUGCAAGGGUUCUUCCUUUUCCUGUUUCACUGUCUCUUGAAGGAGAAUGUGAGGAAGCAGUGCCAAGUUCACUUCUGCUGUGGGAGGUUUAGUCUCCGCUACUCUGAAUGGAGUGGCUCUGGCACACUGUUGCGAUAUCAGCAUCCACCAAACCCUGAGCGGAAACCAUCAUCCCGUUCUUCACAGUCUGAUGGGACCAAUUCAACAUCAAAUGGCUCAGGAUCUUUAACAGGGGCUAGUCCAUUCACUCAUGUCGAAACUGACCAAGUUCACUGCAACAUUGAGAGCUCAUCUUUGUCUUGUCAGCCUUCCAGGCUUCCUCGUGCAAGAAGAAUAUUGUCAAUUGAUUGUGAGCUGCAUUGCAUUCAGAAGAACCAGCUUUGGCCUUGA